AUGAGUCAAGAGAAGAAAUUCAACUACUCUAUUGACCAGGACACCCAGCUGGAAUCUGGGGAGUUCCAAGAACAAAAUAGCUUCGAUAAUGUGUCCGCUGCUCGCUCGCCUCCAAGCAGUGGCAGCAAAUGGCAGGAUUUCAAGGACUCGUUCAAACAGGCGGAAGUUGCCGAAUUGGACCCUAAUUUGACAGAUGCUGAAAAGAUGGCCAUCUUGACCGCUAACGCACCAUUGAAGAGGUCUCUAAAGUCCAGACACUUGCAGAUGAUCGCCAUUGGUGGUGCCAUUGGUACUGGUCUUUUUGUUGGUUCCGGUAAGGCCUUGGCUACUGCUGGUCCAGCCGGUAUUCUUAUCGGGUGGGGUUUGACCGGUACCAUGAUUUACUGUAUGGUUAUGGCCAUGGGUGAAAUGGCCGUUGCCUAUCCUAUCGCUGGUGGUUUCACCACGUAUGCUUCUAGAUUCAUCGAUGAAUCGUUUGGUUUUGCUUUGAAUACCAACUAUAUGUUGCAAUGGUUGGUUGUCUUGCCCUUGGAAAUUGUCGCUGCUUCGAUCACCGUUGAGUUCUGGGACACCCCAGACAGAUACAAGAGUGGGUUCGUCGCGCUCUUUUACGUUGUCAUUGUCAUUAUCAACUUCUUCGGUGUCAAGGGUUACGGUGAAGCCGAAUUCCUCUUCUCUUUCAUCAAGGUCAUCACCGUGGUUGGUUACAUCAUUCUAGGUGUCAUCUUGACCUGUGGUGGUGGUCCAAAGGGUGGCUACAUCGGUGGUAGAUACUGGCACAACCCAGGUGCCUUUGCCAACGGGUUCAAGGGUGUCUGUUCCGUGUUCGUUACUGCUGCUUUCUCCUUUGCUGGUUCCGAAUUGGUUGGUUUGGCCGCUGCUGAAACCGCUAACCCAAGAAAGUCCUUGCCAGGUGCCGCAAAGCAAGUCUUUUGGAGAAUUACCCUUUUCUACAUCUUGUCCCUUUUGAUGGUCGGUUUGCUAGUGCCAUACGACAGUAAGAGAUUGAUCGGUGCUAGUUCCGUCGACGCUUCUGCUUCCCCAUUCGUUAUCUCCAUCAAGAACGCCGGUAUCAGCGGUUUGCCUUCCGUCAUCAACGUUGUCAUCUUGAUUGCCGUGCUUUCUGUCGGUAACUCUGCCGUGUUUGCCUGUUCCAGAACUAUCGCUGCCUUGGCCGCUCAAGGUUCCUUGCCAAAGAUCUGUGGUUACAUUGACAGAACCGGUAGACCAUUGGUUGGUAUCUUCAUAACCUGUUUCUUUGGUUUGUUGUGUUUCCUAGCCGCCUCCAAGAAAGAAGGUGAUAUCUUCAACUGGAUGUUGGCCAUUUCUGGUUUGUCCUCUUUGUUCACCUGGGCAGGUAUCAUGUUGUGCCACAUCAGAGUCAGAAGAGCCUUAGCUGCCCAGGGCAGAUCCACCAACGAAUUGCCAUUCGUCGCUCCAAGUGGUGUCUGGGGUUCUGUUUACGGUUUCGUCUUGAUCAUUUUGAUCUUGAUUGCCCAAUUCUGGUUGGCCCUAUACCCAAUCGGUGCCUCCAAGCCAAACGCUUCCGACUUCUUCCAAGCAUACUUGUCCUUCGUCGUCGCCAUUGUCGCAUACAUUGGCCACAAGCUAUGGAAGAGAAACUGGAGGUUGUUCAUCAGAGCCAAGGAUAUCGACUUAGACACUGGUAGAAGAGAAACCGAUAUCGAAGCUUUGAAGGUCGAAAUCGCCGAAGAAAAGGCUUGGCUUGCAAGCAAACCAUUCUACUACAGAACUUUCAAGUUCUGGUGUUGA